AUGCCAUUGGAAAGUAGAUAUCCAGUAAUUUUGCCGAGUGAUAGUCAUAUUACAAAUUUGGUGAUUGAUUUGUAUUAUGAAAGAGAAGGUCACAGUGGUACUCUGCAUGUUUUAUCUGCAAUUCGUGAGAAAUUUUGGAUUAUUAAGGGGCAUGCAACUGUGCGUCGAAGGUUGAGCAAAUGUUUUACUUGUCGUAGAUGGAAUUCUGAAGUGGGGGAGCAAGUGAUGGCACCGUUACCAAAAGUUCGAGUGACACCUAGUGAAAAUGAUUUUAUGGAAACUGCCUGUGAUUAUUUUGGACCAAUACUGGUGAAGAGAGGCAGGAGUGAGGAGAAAAUUUAUGGGUGUAUGUUCAGCUGUAUGGCUACUCGAGCGGUUCAUAUCGAGAUGGCUAAUUCGCUGGAUACUUUGUCGUUCAUUAAUGUGUUUCAGAGAUUUAUAAACAGGCGUGGGCGACCAAGGAAAAUGUACAGUGACAAUGGAACGAACUUUACGGGGCUGAGAGAGAACUUCGUUAAGGGAUUCAAAAUUGGAAUCAAAAUCAGAUUUGUAAAGUUAUGCAGCAGCAAAACAUUGAAUGGUGGCUUUCUGUGUCUUUAG